UCUAUUGUGCUUAAGAUAACAACAACAACAACAACAACAACAACAACAACUGCGCUAGCUCUCUCUCUCUCUCUCUCUCUCUCUCUCUCUCUCUCCAUAGUCCAUCCCAUCAUCCCUCUGCGACUAUAUACUAUACAUGAACGCCUCUCCCUCCCCUCUCCGCCCCUUCCCCUUCGACGAGGACUAUUCCUACUACUACUCGCUUUUCCAGGAAGCCCUUUCCUCUCCCUCCGCGGCUUCGUGGAUGAGCAUGUCCGCCGACAACACCAGCGGCGCCGGUGCUGCUGCUGCUGCUGGUAAGAGGAAGAGGGAUGAGGAGGAGGACGAGGCAGAGGAAGACGUGAGAAGACUAAUUAUAUCGACGACGAAAGGGAAGUCGGUGGCGGCCAACCAGCUGGAAGGCACCGCCGACUACAGCGAUCAGGGCGGGUCGCCUUCGCGCUCGCAGCAGCAGCAGCAGCCCGGGCAGCGGCGGCUGUGGGUGAGGGAGCGGUCGAGCGACUGGUGGGACCGGUGCAACCACCCGGACUUCCCCGAGGCGGAGUUCCGGCGGCUGUUCCGCAUGAGCCGCGCGACGUUCGACGUCCUCUGCGACAGGCUCGGGUCGGCCAUCGCCAAGGAGGACACCGCGCUCCGCGCCGCCAUCCCGGUGCGGCAGCGCGUGGCCGUGUGCGUGUGGCGGCUGGCCACGGGGGAGCCCCUCCGCCUCGUCUCCAAGCGGUUCGGCCUCGGCAUCUCCACCUGCCACAAGCUCGUCCUCGAGGUCUGCGCAGCCAUCAAGGCCCUCCUCAUGCCCGAGGCCGUCGCCUGGCCCGACCCCGCCGCGGCCGCCGACGUCGCCCGCCGGUUCGAGGGCGUUUCUGGGAUCCCGAACGUCGUCGGCGCCAUGUACACCACCCACAUCCCCAUCAUCGCGCCGAAGACCAACGUCGCCGCGUACUACAACCGCCGCCACACCGAGCGCAACCAGAAGCCGUCCUACUCAGUCACCGUCCAGGGCGUGGUCGACCCGGACGGGGUCUUCACCGACGUGUGCAUCGGGUGGGGCGGCUCCAUGCCCGACGACCGGGUGCUCGAGAGUUCGGCAUUGUACCACCGCGGCAACGCCGGCUUGCUCAACAACCAGUGGGUCGUCGGCGGGGCCGGGCACCCCUUGCUGGACUGGCUGCUGGUGCCUUACACGCACCAAAACCUCACGUGGGCGCAGCACGCGUUCAACGAGAAGGUCGGGCAGGUGCGGAAUGCGGCCGAGGAGGCCUUCGCGAGGCUGAAGGCGAGGUGGGCCUGCCUGCAGAAGCGGACGGAGGUCAAGAUAGAGGAGCUGCCGGCGGUGCUCGGCGCGUGCUGCGUGUUGCACAACAUAUGCGAGAGGAUGAAGGAGGAGGUGCCGCCCGAGUUGAGAUACGCGCUCAUCGACGACGAGAUGGUGGCGGAGAACCCCCUCCGAUUGGCCACGGCGGUACGCGCGAGGGAUUCUAUCGCCCACAAUUUGCUGCACCACAGCCUCGCCGGACCCCCAUUCCUCUAGUUCUUGUUGCCGAGGUUCCGGGAAUGUACAAGAGAAUUUAUAUAUCAGCUGGGUUUAGUAUACAUAUACAGAUUAUUUCUCAGACCCAUUGAAAAAGAGUACGUACGUGAGUCGGCUGCUCGACUUUGCAGGAGUGUCGCUUAGAUAAUUGAAAGACGCUACUUAUUCAUCCAUCCACCCAUCCAAAUCAAUACCGAGACAUCUCUUUUUUAAGUUUGUAAUAUUCCUUUAGAUAGAACUAGUGAGAAAAUAUUGGUUCUUGGAUGGGCAGGGUUCAAAACUACACUUACCUUCUGCGCGUAGAGGGAGGGAGCAUCACUUGAUCAUUUAAGAUUAUUUCUGGUUCCUGUUGGUGUGUUGCUUUUGUCAACCAACAAGGUCACAGAUGUAAGAACCGGCACACAUAAAGAUUGUUUUUGUUUUUGGUCGCACUUCCAACUCACGAGCAAGCAACGAUAUGUAACUUCA